AACAAUAGGGCGAGCUGGGAUACAGUUUCAGGGCUGUGUAACAUCAGUGACACGAGGAAAUCAGCACCCAAUGGACAAAAAGGUACCUGUGGCUUUAGCAUUGUUGACCUUGUCCCACCUCAUGGAAGGGGCCGCAGCAAGAUUGGCACAGUCGUGUUUGAAAUUCCAUGGAGAUGUGGUUUUUAUACUCAACGAGCAUCUAUACAAAGGACUCAGGGGAACGUACCACAAGGGUGAGGCUGCAGGGCUUCGGUCAAGCUUUAACAGUGGUGUCUUGUUUGGGUAACUAAUUAUGUUAGGGUACCACUAACCGCUACCGCCAGGUACAAGCAUUCCGGACAAUAGAACCACGGAACCGACCAGACGAUCUCGAAAUGCAGCUUAUACCAUUACAAACUUCUUAAGCCACGACCCACAGCACUGUGCAAAAUGCGGUAGGGAGAUGCGAUGCGAAUGCGUCAGGCGCUGAACUAUAUCCUCAACUCAUGACGACAUCAGGAGUGUGUAGGAAUCUCCUCCGACGUUAAGAGCUAAUGCUAUGCAGAGAUCGCCAUGGAAAUGACCACUGUGUGCCUAAUGGUGGGUCAAGCAGCCUGGAAUGUAAGAGAGAGCGGAUCCAACAUUCGACAUCAGGAGUACCGGAGCUCGGCUCCGCAACGUACGCUACCCCAUACCUCUUUAGCGGCGAGCUUUUACACCCAACAUGAUUGUUGCUCGAUUUUGAAUCUGCUACACUGACUGACAGAGCAGAC